AUGAGGGCCUCACUUCUUAUGGCACCUGCUUUCACAGCACUCGUUUCAGCAGUCCCCGAUACCAAUGGAGACUCCCCUAUCGAGAGAGGACUCCCCGCCAAGACUCUCCGGGACUACGAGCCACCGUCACGAGACCUACCAAGACGAAGAAUCUCCUCCCGAGAUCAAGCCGAAGACAUUUAUGUUCACUGCAUGAAUGACGCCGUGGACCAAUGCAAGAAGGCGAUGCAGAAGAGAGGAGAUGUUGAUGACUUGAACGAAUGCAUCGAGAAUUAUCGAGAGGACGACUGUAAGGAAGGCAAUGAGAAGUUUUGGGGGAAGGCUAUUAAGGGUAUAAUCGCGGUACUCUAG